GGCGGUUGGUAGCAGUGCGCGGCAGCCAUAUUGCCGUUGAAUUACAUAUCGCAGAAAUUCGUUUUAGAGAGUAUUUCAGGGGCCAACUGUUGAUAUAAUGCCGGUCAGGGUGGAUAUUGCGCCCCCUCCGCCGGCCAAUUCGAAGCAGCCGGGAAUAACGAAGUCCCUUUUGUACAACGGCUCGAAAUUCCAGGGCUUCCAGAAGUCCAAAGGCAAUUCGUACGAGGUCGAAGUUAUUUUGCAGCAUGUCGAUGAAGAGAAUUCGUAUUUGUGUGGAUAUUUGCAAAUAAAUGGUUUAACCGACGAGUAUCCCAAGUUAACGACGUUUUUUGAUGCCGAAAUAAUUAGUGGGAAAUAUCCUUUUUUAACUAGGAAGUGGGAUGCCGAUGAAGAUGUUGAUAAGAAACAUUGGAGUAAAUUUCCGCUGUUUGCACAAUACGCAAAAACUUUUAACUCUGAUACUUUUGAUUAUAAGGAAUUAGAAGAUACAGAUUACGUUUUUAUGCGAUGGAAAGAACAUUUUUUAGUACCAGAUCACACGAUCAAAGAUAUAAGUGGGGCCUCAUUUGCAGGCUUUUACUACAUAUGUUUUCAAAAGUCCAAAGCCACAAUUGAAGGUUUCUAUUACCACAGAAGCUCUGAAUGGUUUCAAAGCUUAAACCUUACCCAUGUGCCUGAAAAUAGCAUACAGAUCUACGAGUUUAGGUGAAUAGGUACAAAUAUAAAUAUCAAGUAUUAUUUUUAAGUUCGAAACGUCGUAUAUAGUAGCUUUUUAUCCAAACACCCUGCACAAAUGCUCGUUUAAUUUAUACAGGGUGUUUGUCAGUGGUUUUAAAUUCAUUUUUAUCCAUGACUCUUAGAAAUUGGUGUUAAAGCAGUGUUAAAAAACAGUAUUUGUAGUACGCAAGUGACUUCCAAAGGUAUUUUUUCCAAAUUUUUUAAGCAAUAAAAUACAGGGUGGUAUUUUUCUAUACCCAACUGAGUAUUCUACCUAAAAAAUUGAUUGACACAAAUCACUCUGUAUUAUGUCACUUGCGAGUUUUAUGUGUAAUACCAUGUAAGUAAUUUUUUGCGAAAAUUUUUGUACAUAAGUCAUUUUUUGUUGAUUUUUUUACCGUAGCGUCGCCCCUUAAGAACUGAUCUGGGUAUUUUAGGUUUUACUUAUAUUUUUUUUUUGUUUUUUAAUUUAUGAAAAACCCGAGUAUUUGUUAUGUAUAUUUUGUACAAAUGUAUUGAGUAAAUAUAUUUUUUUGAAC